GGUCACUAAUAGGCGGACCCUGGUCUGCAUCUAGACUAAAAUUAUGUCUUAUGCAAACCCAAAACUGAACCAAAACAAAAAUAGCAACCUAAAAUCUUGUUGAGCACUGUCUGAUUUACUGGCACAGCUUUUACAAUCUAAGCAGAUUUAUCCCUGAAGGAASAAUCUGUAAGGACUGAUCCUUGCACUUUCUGGCUCCAAAGGGCUACUGUCCUCAAAGCUUACACAUCUCUGAGGUAAGUAGCCCUGCAAAUCUUAAUUAUGUUUGGUUUCACACACAACCGUGAGCCAGCUUUCUCCACAAUGAAUAUUAUAAAAAACAAAUAUUGUUCCUGGCUCACCAAUGAGCACAUCCACACAUGCAUGAGACUGGUUCUGACAUCAUUCUAGCACAGGUUAAAAUUCUGGCAUGACAAGCAAGCGCUCACUUCUGUCACCGAAAGCAAAAGAAAUAAGUGAAUUAAGUCUAAAACUGUUCAGUUAUUAAAUCUGUUCAUCUUUAAAUAGUUUAAGUCCAGAUGGUAAACAAAAAUAUAAAUCAAGCUUUCUUCUAUUAGUUUUUUUCUGAGGUCAUUCACUUGUGAACAUGCAGUUUUCUUGUUUUACUUAGGUUCUUCUUUUGACUUGACAUCCUACUUUUACUCAGUGAAUGAGAGAUCAAACAUGACAAAUYAAACAUGCAUAUUCAGCUCCCUGUUCCAUGACAAUAAAUAUUGUCAAAAAGUACUUGAAUGACAUAAUUCAUUUAAUUUGAAAAGCAAAUCAAGGCAUGCAGACGCUGAAAAAACUACCCAGCUACUAAAUUUUAAGUUUAUAUAUAUAUAUAAUUUUUUUUUCUUCAGACCUUGGCAUCAUAAAAUAUUGCUAAGAUAUCAUGAAUUGAAUACCCCUGAUCUUGGAAAUCACUUUCAUAAAGGUCUAAGGUAGUGGAUAAAUAAUUAAUCUAUCACAAAACCUAGUGAAUGAUUUGUUCAUCAAAGAACACCUAAUUGGAGAGAGGAAAAGGGGUGGARCYUUAACACCUCCCCACCUGUCAUUUUCCUCCCAAGACUGAUGUUGCGCUCUCUGCGAGGAAUGUACAAUUAUACUGCGGUGCAACUCGAACGGACGUGGAGAAGUAUGUAGACUUUUUUUCACUGGAUGUACACAACAAUGAGGCCACAGAGAUUAAAAAUAAAACCAAAGGAUGAAGCAGCUCAUUUUGUGAGUCUGAGUCUGGACAAAGAUGGUUUUGAUGUGCAAUACAUAAACUCUUUGAAGGGUCGAGGAGUAUUUAGUACAUGCCACUUUCAGACAGGAGCCUUCUUGUUGGAAUAUCGAGGUGAUGUCAUAAACAGAGAAGAGUAUGAGAGACGGGUAAAAAUCUAUCAUGAUGCUAUGAAGGUCUUCAUGUUUGAGUUUCGUCAUAAUGGAAAAAAGUUGUGUGUUGAUGCAGCGAGAGAGGAUGGAUCUUUGGGAAGACUGGUUAAUGACGACCAUUUGAGCCCUAACAGCAAAAUGAAGACAAUAACAGUGAAUGGCAAGCCUCAUCUCUGUCUCUUUGCAAUUAAGGAUAUAAAUCCAGGGGAAGAGAUUACCUACAACUAUGGAMACGCUGAGUGGCCAUGGAGAGUGAAGGUUUCUGCUCACUGUGACAAAACUGCAGGUGAAGAACCGAUGGGAUCACUGUCCUCGUCUCUUGAACCACAGUUUUCUGCYCACCCUGACAGAACUGUAGGUGAAGAACCGAUGGGAUCACUAUCCUCAUCUCUUGAACCAAAG